UCGAUAAUAACAAAAUUCAAAAUUAUUCUCAACCUACACUACUUUACUUGCAAUUGUAGGACACGUGAUCAUUUGCGUAGCAAAAUCCCAGUCAAAGGCCAAAUCCUAAUUUUCCUUCUCUACAUUUGCUUAGAAAAAUCAAACCAAUCUUUUUUCUUUUCUUAAUUUUUCUAUUGUUUUUUUUCAACCAAUGAGAGACAGAGUUUCAACCAUGAACAUUUCUAUAUAUUAACUAACAAAUAACAACCAAAGAGAGCUAAAAUCAGAAAGAGAGCCGAAAAAAAAAACAGGAAAAAUCAUGAAUCCUCCAACACAAAACGACGACGGCCAAUCCUCGUACGCAAUCCACCUCGUGAACGCCUCGGUACUACCGAUGGCCCUCAAAGCCUGCAUAGAGCUCGACGUACUCGAAAUCAUCCACCGAGCCGGGCCCCACGGCCCGCUCUCCUCUUUCCAAAUAGCAUCUCAAAUUCCCAACUGCCACAACCCCCACGCCGCUUCAAACCUACUGGACCGAAUGCUCGCCCUUCUCGCCAGCUACUCCAUUCUAACAUGCUCCGUCUCAAACGGCCCCCAAAAACUCUACUCGUUAGGGCCCGUCUCGAAAUACUUCGUAGCCAACGCAAACGGAGUUUCCUUAGCCCCACUUUUUCUACUCAACCAGGACAAGGUCAUGAUGGACACGUGGCACCACAUGAAGGAUGCCGUUAUAGAGGGGGGGUUGGCCCCCUUCAACAGGGCUUACGGAAUGGAUGCUAGCGAGUACGUAGUGAAGAAGAAUCCGAGUUAUUUCCAGCUUUUCAAGAAUUCGAUGAGUAACUACAACUCUAUGUUUAUGGAGAAAUUAGUGGAUACUUACCGAGGAUUUGAAGGGCUCGAGUCUAUUGUCGAUGUCGGUGGUGGCGAUGGUAGUGUUCUCAAUACGAUAGUCGGAAAAUAUCCGAAUAUCAAGGGUAUUAACUUUGAUUUAGCUUCUGUCAUUGACAACAACAAAUCUGUUUAUCCAGGAAUAGAGUAUAUCUCAGGAGAUAUGUUCACAAGUAUUCCUAAGGGUGAUGCAAUGUUUCUCAAGGUCAGAUUUUUUUAUUUUUUCUUU